ACUUUGUUCCACUUGACCCGAAACACUUUGGUAUCUUGAAUCUUCCCAAAUAAUACCAAACCUACUAUACGACUUCAGUUUUCUGGCCCAAUAAUCGACCCACCGCCGGCACUCCAACAUCGCCACCGCCUCUAUUCCGGUCGUCUGAAAUCGGAACGCCAAUCGCUUUGCAGUACCAUCGUCGUUCAGUCACCUUUUAUUAGCUGCAAGGUUUAGGGUUUGCAGCAAUCUUUGAUUCAAGAUGAUGGACCACUCAGAUGAAUGGAAAUCUUUAUGGCCAAUCUCCUCCGUCCAUUCGCCACCCCUCCUCCUCCCCCAAACCACCAUCACCACCACAAUCGGACCCUUGUUCUUCACCCCACAAACCCACCAUCACAUCUUCACUUUACCAUCAACCCCAACUCAAAUCCCUCCUUACCCGUCACUUACUCCCUCUAGAUUCCUUCAUAAAUCAUCAUCUUCCAUUCUCCCUUCAACCGCCACUUCCCUUUCCCCGCAGCUCCUCUCGUCGGUUUCGUCUAACCCCGAACAAAUGCUCGCGCAUAAUUGUCUCCAGUUGUUGAGGUGUCCUGGCACGGAUUCCACUCUCGCGUUCUUUCCCACCGGUCCCAACUCGGAUCGAGUUGGGUUUGUUGUGUUGUCGGUUGAGGAUUCGCGGUUGACUGUGGUAGGAGAUUAUGGUGAGACUGAGGUUUGUAGCUUCAAAGAUGGAUUAGUGCAUCGGAUUGUCAAGAUUUCCGUUAGCCCGCUUGCGGAUUAUGGAUAUGGUUCAGGUGAAUAUUUUGAUUCUAUCAUUAUUGGGUACUUGUUAGUUUCCACUACGAAUUCAGUUCAUUACUACAACGUUAGAAUCCGAAUGGAACAUUCUGGAAAAAUUACGCCUGGGUUAGAAUUAGUCGAUCAUAAAUCGUUCAAAAGUUCUGUACUUGUUCAUGCUUGUUGGAGCCCACACAUACCUGAAGAAAGUUUGGUCUUGCUAGAUAACGGGGAUUUAUAUUUGUUUGAUCUGGAUUCUUUCUCCGGACCCACAAUGCCAUCUCAAAGGUUGACCGGGAAGAAAGUCAACGUUUUAUGGGAAGAGUAUGUUGGUGUUGAAAAAGGUAGUUGGUUGAGUUGUGAUUUCAGUUGGCAUCCAAGAAUUUUUGUUGUUGUUCGCUCGAGUGCCGUUUUUCUCAUAGAUGCGAGAUCUGAAACUUACAGUAUCAUACCUUUGUUAAAACACAGUACCGAAGAUGCAACAAAUGAUAGAUUUCUUGUGUUCUCCGUUGUGGGGCCCGAUCGAUUCUACUUCACUUUAGCUUCAAAUCACAUGCUUUUCCUUUGUGAUAUUAGAAAACCGAUGAUGCCAGUUCUACGUUGGGCUCAUAAUGUCGCUAACCCGAGUUACAUUUUUGUUUCGAGUUUGUCAGAAUUAAGGUCACUAUGUGAGGAUGAUACUUAUAAUUGGGCUUCUGAAGCAGGUUACGGGAUCUUAUUGGGCUCUUUUUGGAACUGUGAGUAUAGUCUUUUCUGCUACGGCCCACCAGGACCCGAUUCGUCAACUUUUUAUGCAUGGGGACUUCCUUCUGAUCUUUCAUUGGGUACCCAUGAAUGCCGUUGCGGUAGUUGUCUUGUAAAAGAAGAUUUUUCUAAAGAUCAGCUUCCCGUAUGGAUUAAUUGGCAACAGAAGAAAGAUUUUGUUUUGGGUUUCGGCAUUCUUGAUGAAGAAAUAUCGUCUAAAUUGUUUGAGCCCGAUAAUUUCGGUGGGUUUGCGGUUAUUACAUUAAUGGCUUCGGGGAAUCUUGAAUUACAGAGAUAUCAUGCUUCGUGGGAUUAUUCACAAACGUCAGAAAAAUGCCACGUUGACCAAUCUUUUGACCUCGAAGAUUAUGUUUUGUUUGAAACCGGUGAAGAGGGAUAUAAGUAUAGAAAGGUUUUUCAGUACUUGAAACUUGACUGGCUUGAUGGGUACUUGAACUCGGAUCUUAACCGAAUCUUGAGUAUAAAUUUAUAUAAAAACAGUGACAAUGACGUCCCGAGAAACGCUUCUUUUAGCCAAGAAUUUCAUGAGUGUAUAUGCAGAAGUUUGAAGGAGUACAGUUCCGGUGGGGCCCACAUAAAUAUUAUUGAUAUGUUUAAAGACGUUUACUUGCCAACAAGUAUACAUGAAAUUGCUUUAAGAAGUGUGUGGGCAAAUCUGCCUAAAAAGGUUCUACGGCUUGCAUUCUCGACGUAUUCAGAUCUGCCAAAUGUCCCCGCAAAGUUGAAGAACAUACCGUUCGAGUUCUUGGAAGUGCCAUGCGAACAACCUUCGUUACCCCCUUUUUUCUUUCGUGUUCCCUCAUCACGUAGCGGAAAGUGGUCGGAAAAACAUAAGCCGAGUGAUCAUCUAGUGGGACCCAUUACUCCAGUCCCGUUCUUGAUGGCUUAUCAUAAAACUCUCAUGUUAAAAGCAGAUAACCGACCCGCUGACUCAGAAAUAAAUCUUGAAUGUGAUAAAGUAACGAGGGUGGCUAAUGAAUUUAUUGGAUCAGAAUCUCAAAGUUUUAAUGAUCAUACGGUAUCUCUUGCUGACGAUAAUGAAGACGCGCUUCAUAGUUCUAAUAAUUUACAGCAUUUUUCUUCGUACAAGACGCGUGCAACAAUGGAUGGUUCUGAUUUUGAGGAUGAGAAACAUAGAAAUAUACUUUUUAGAGUUGGUCAAAAGGACGAGAAAGAGAUUUUUGACUCGGGUUGUCUUUUACAGUUUAAAUUUAAGGAACAAAACACGAGUUUUGGGGAAAAAGAAAAGAAGUUUUAUAAAAUAUAUAAGCGGCAAUUUUCUGAUUUUAAACAAAAAUUUGAUCGCUACCAGGCAUACUUAACCGAGUCUAACAUUGCAAGUCAUGAAUAGGUCACUUGCAUAUCAUUCAUGGAAGCAAGGUCAGCCGUUGACUCGGAUGUAGAAAAAGGUGAGUUCUUGAAGCGAAGCCGCUUGACGUGUUGGUAUUUUUUUCAAGGAAAUGCAAUCUGUUCUUGAGCUCUUGAAGCAGUCAGCUGUCGUCAUGCCUGUUUGAAGUUGUAGAUUGCUUCAUGUUCAUUGAUUUGGGCCUGCUCAUCUUGUUGAAAAGUCAUAUGGGUCGUCAGUAAUUGGGGUGUUCUUAAACCGUCGAAACCCACCAACCCGUCUCAACGCAAGAACGUCGGCUGGUUCAAAAUACUUUAAAUUGUUUGGUUUGGAUUUGACAGAUCUGUAAGUUGGCUGAGAUAAGGAAAGGGGAAGAUUCUGAAGCCAGUAAAAGUGGUACAUGACAUAUUUUUUGUUUGAAAUUAACAUAGCAAGCAGUAAAGGCGGAGGUGGUAGGGUGUAGAUCAAAUCAAGUGGGUCAAAAAAUGUAAACAGUUAAUGCUAUUCAAAACAGGUCGGGUUGGGUCGGAUUGAAUGAUUAAGUUAUUAAAUGCUAUUAAGUUAUCAAAUGUUUAUGUUAGUUUUCUCAAA